CUUGAGCAGGUGGGUGAUCAUGGCUGUUGAAGGUAAAAUGCCAUCAGGGAAAGAGAAAAAUGCAUCACUUGGAAAGGGCACAUUUAAAAAGUUCAGCAAAUCUAAUAAAAAAUCAUCAGAUUCUGAAACUCUGAAAAAAUUGAAAGGCGCAGGUGGGAAAGGAAAAUCAGCUCAAAAGAAUGAGAAAGGGGCAGAAACCAGUAACGCCAAAAAGCUGAAACAUGCUACUAGAAAAGUAAAUGCAACAAAGUUCAGGGGAAAGCAGCAGACUGGAAAAAAAAGGAAACAGUUUGCUGGAAACAAAGAGGGCACAACAGCAAAGAAACCCAAAUGGGAUGAUUACAAAAACCAAAAGAAAGAACUAAAACAAAACAGACAACAGGACAAGAAAACCAAUUAUGAUUUAAUUUUUCGCUCAAAGCAUAUAUGGGAAACUGUAAGAAGGAACACUACCUGUGUCAUUGGUACCGGUACUGAUAACAAGCUUCAGAAUGUUCUGCAGCUGAUCAGGGACGUACUAGACCCUGAGACCAGCAAG